GUUUCAGUAGUUCAGUUCAGCUUUACACUUUGUGAAGAGUGGGUUUAUAUCGUUCGUAUUUCACGUUGUAUUUUAAAGACGCCUUAGCUGAUUUUCUAGUACAACGGAAUACCGCGCUCUUACAAACGGCGCCAUCAGUCUCGCUUCUCUCCUUGGAUUUUCUGUGGUGUGCUUUGCCCAUAAAAAACUAUAUAAUUAGAUAAGUUUUUGAUUAGGGAAUUGUGUUUUUUUUUUCUCGUGAUAUUGAGUGACUAUAGUGGAAUUAUAGUGAAAAAAUGAGUGAAUUUUUAGAAAAGUAGCAUAUAGAUGUAACGAAAGUGAGAGAGAGAGAGAGAGAGGGGGGAAAAAGUCGACAAUCGGGUAAAUUUGCGACUUGCUGGCCAAGGCAAGAGAGGCGUUCUACUGCAGGCCGCCCGGCUAUGUCGAUGUCUGGAGCGAGGUCGGCGCACACAAAGAGGAUCAGUCUGUCGAGACUGUAAUAUAGUGUACACGGUGUGUGUGUGUGACUAUCCUGUAGCAGUUUUUGUACUUGUAACACAGAGGUGUAUAUAGAGAUAGAGAGAGAGCCGGCUGAGAUAAAGCCAAGAGUAAAAUGCUCUACUGCCAGAGGGAAUAACAUUAGGCCUCCGUACGUAGGCUCAUGCGUACAGAGGUUAACCCGCCUUCACAUAGAUUUGUCUUAUGAGACAAAAAUUAACUGCCAAAAUGACGGGAAUGAGUAAGAGAACAUAUCUUAGGGAAGUUAAUCCCUAUUUGAUUUGCCCAUUAUGUCGAGGAUAUCUAAUAGAUGCAACAACUGUUGUUGAAUGUUUACAUUCUUUCUGUCGAAGUUGUAUUCUAAAACAUCUUCGAUCAAAAGCACAAUGUCCUUCCUGUUUACAUUUAUUAAAUAAAGCUAAGCCUAACAUUAAAGCUGAUAAAGCUUUACAAGAUAUUGUAUACAAACUCGUACCAGGACUUUAUCAUAAAGAAAUGAGAAAACGAAGAGAAUUUUACAAAAAACAUCCAGAACAUGCCGAUUCUGCAACACCAGAACAACGAGGUGAAGAUGUUAGUGGAAGACUGAUUUUUGUACCAGAAGAUGCAAUAAGUUUAAGCUUGGAAUAUCUUCCACCUGGUGCAGAUCCUUUAGCAUUAAUUUUGAGUACCAAUGACGCUGACACAAUACAGUCAAAUACAAAUAAUACCCAGUCAAAUAAUAAAAAUGAAGAUGCAAUUACUCAUGAUUGCAGUCGAAGGUAUUUGCAGUGUCCAGCUUUAGUGACAAUUGCACAUUUGAAGAAAUUUUUGGCUCUUAAAUAUAGUGUUGACGUUACUCGAUAUUGCAUUGAGAUUUGUCACAGGCGUGCACCACUUCCCGAACAUUGGACUCUAAUGGACGUUGCAUACAUUUAUGCUUGGAAACGAAAUGCACCGUUGAGAUUUUUCUAUCGAAUAAUGCAAGAGGAACAACGAUUGGAAGCCCCAAUAAAUGAUAGGCCAUCAACUCCCGGUGUUGGUGCAAGUUUAUCAGCAGUUGAUAAUGGGAAUAAUAAAAAUGAAAGUGACGAAAAUCAAGUACAAAUUGAAAAAGAAGAAUCCCUUAAAGUAAAUAAAGUGUCAAAGAAAAAUGAUCAAAUCAAGAAUCAGUUAACAGUGACAAAUUCUACAAAUACCAGUGUUAAAGUUGAUAAAAAACUUCCAUCAUCUCCCAUUUCGAAAGAAAGUGCCAAAGCAGUUAAAGUGAAUAAUCAUCAUCAUAAUAAUCAUCAUCAUCAUCACCAUCAUAAUAAUCAAACAUCAUCAAUUGACGAUGAAACAAAACAAAUUAAAAGUCCUAUAAAAAUUUUGAAAAAUUCCGAAGGACGUUACGAAGUAUUAAGAACGUCAAAUAAUCAAACAUCACCUGAAUCAUCACGUACUGUUGGCAAUGUAAACGAAAAGAAAACUCCAAGUCCAGAAUUUAGCGUUGUAAGCAUUGGCGAUGGACCAAAUUCAAAUGGAGUGAAAAUAACAUUAAAACAAUGUUCACCCGGUAGUGGAUUAUCGUCAUCAAAACCAAAAAUUGUCAGCAAUGUUCUAAUGAGAAAUGGACAGACGGAAAAAAUUUUAAAAUCACACGAAAAAAAUCGACAAAAGGCAGAUUUAAUUGAAAAACAAGAAAAGCAUAAACGUAAAGUGACAUUUAUUGAUAAAAUAGAAAAUAAAGUGAAAGAUAUUAAUGAAGAAAUUGAUAGAAAUAAAAAAAUUACAGAACAAUCUGAUAAAAAAGAAUUUCUUCACGGUUUUCGUCUAACUGCCAAACAACCAUGGAACGAUGAUAAAAAUUCAAAUAAAACAGUAAAAAUUAUUGACAACACCAUAAUAAAGAGUCCCGAGAAACAAGAGAACAAGAAAAAUAAUCAGAAUGAUAGUAAUACAAUUUAUUCGAUAAAAAAUAAGAAUACCGAAAAAUUAUCACCACCAUCAUCAUCAUCAUCAUCAUUGAAAACCGAAACAUCAAAACGAUUUCUCAAUGGAAUUGUAAAAGAUUUAGAUACAAAUGAAUCAAAAAUCGAUGUCUAUGCAUUUCCAAGUGAACCGCCAACACUUCCAGCCGGUGCUGUUAAACGAAAAUGUCCACCGGGUUUACCAAUUUUUGAAAUGGGUAGAAAACGACCACAUCUACAGGGACAAAUACGUAAAAAAACAAAUCCAACACCAGUGAAAAUUGCCAAAAAACAACAAGACAAUGUCUAUUCAAAACGAGUUGCAAUAAAAGAUAAUACACAAUCAAAUAUAAUUCCAAUUAAACCUCCCGCAACAACAACAACAACAACAACAGCAAUUUCCGAUAAUACAAGAAAUUUACUUGAUGGUUGUGGUUUAAACAUUCCUGCUAGUCUAAGUAUCACUCUAACAGCACCAAAAUCACCAAAUCACAAUACAUCAUCAUCUUCAGCAUCAUCAUCCUCCACAGAUGUCAAUAAUCUCAAGGACAAUCAAACAAUACUUUCCGGCAAAGUUAAUCCCAGUAUUACAUUAAACGAUCGUUCAGUUGAUCCACGUGUAUUGAAAGCAUUAAAAACAGGUCAAAUUCGAAUGCCAGUUGCAUCGAGUCGACAAAAAAUGAAACAACAACCAAUUUUAGAACGUAGUCAACCGGUAAAACGAAAGAAGGACGAUAUUUUAGAUUUAAGCGGUACAAGAAAAUUGGAUAUUCAUCCAUUAAGAAUUCCUCAACCAGUGUCAAAAUUUAAAAGUAAAUCACCAAUUCUUCCAACGGCAUCUAGUCAUCAAGUUGUAACAUUAACAGGUGGACAAAAAUAUUAUCGUGCACCACCUGGUUCAUUAACACCCGCAGUUCAUCGCGUUAGUGAUUAUCCACAAACACCACCAUCGCGUGGUCCUGUUUAUGCACCCUCAUGUUUUUCACACAAUAGUAACAAUCGUAACACCACUACCACUACCAAUAAUAAUAUUUCCUCUGUUUUUCCAAGUCUACAAAGUUUAUAUGCUCUGAGUCAAGCGCCAAAUCUUCAACAAUUUCAAAUGGAUAAUCGACUUCGACUUCCACAACAACCGGAAAGUACAACUUCCAAUGGUCCUAAUAAAAGUCAUUUGGCAGCACAAUGCGCUCCAUUAAAACCCGCAAGGUCUUCCUUUGCCUCAUUAGCAGUUCCUAUAGUUAAGCAAUCGCCACCUUUACGUCCAAUUACAUUUACCAAUACACAAACUACCGAAUUGACAAAAAUUAAAACAAAAGAAGAUAACAUUCAAAAUUCAUCUCUUACAAAAGAAACACAGGAGAAAAUUGAAAAAUUAAAACAAUCUAGUCCAAUAACGUCAAAUUCAAAACAAGAGGCGGCCAGUACAUCAUCGUGUAUUGAUUCAAAUUCACAAGAAGCGGCAAGUCCAAGAGUUAGUUCAACAGUUUCUCCAUCGCCACCACCGAAUCCAGUUAUUAACAACAGUAUUAAUUCUUCCCAUACAGAUGAAGUAUCAUCGGGAUCAAUAUCUUCUAAUAAAUCCGAAGUUAUUGUUACAAGCACUAAAUCACCUGAGAGUCCCGAUUCAAGUUCAAUUGUAAAUGAAAAUUCAAAUUCUAGUGUAACACCAACAACAACAACGACAACAACAACAGCGGCGAUAGUAACAACACCAAUUGAUGAUCAAGCACCAUCAUCGAAAGAUGAGAAAAUUAAGGAAAUUUCUAAAGAUUCCGUAACAACUGAAAAAGAAAUAAUUUCCGAGGAAAAAAAUGACAAAGUUGGUGACACGACUACUAAUAAUGAUGAUGAUGAUGAUGAUAAUGAUGGUAAUAAUGAGAAAAAAAUUGAGAACAAUAUUAAAGUUGAUGUUAAACAAAUGACAUCUGAGGUCUUCCAAAAAAGAUUAUUGGCUGCAUUUCCAUCGAAUGAAUGGGCCAAUAAUCCAAUUGCUGCGAAGCAUUUAGGAAAUUUAUUGAAAAGUUUAACAUCAAUGCAAACUGAUGAUCAAGGGGAGAAAAAAAAUCAGUCAAAAGAAACAAAGGAAAUUAUCACAACAAAAUGUGUAAAAGAUAUUUUACCGAAAACUAAUGUUGAAGUAACUGAUUGAAUUGGAAAGAAAUUAAUUUUACAAACACAAUAUUUGAAAUGUGAAUUUUCAUACGGAUUACAAUAUUGACUUCAUAUCUAAAGAAAGAGGUCAAUUUCCCCUCUUAUUCGUCGACGUAAAGUGAAUAAAUGUCUUGCAGUAUUCUUAUAGCCUCACCAUAUUAUAAUAAAAGUGCGAUUUUUUACAAAGUCUCAAAGAAAACAAAUCACAAAUAACAGUUGUAUAUUUUUUGAAAAAUAACUGUUAUAAACAAUUACACUCUUUAAAGAAGUACUUAAGAGUCAAUGCUAUAAAUUUAAUUUACUGAAAUGUGGACUAUUAUAUAUGUACUAAAAAUAUUUCCGUAUUAUAAUAUGAUCUGUUUUGGGAGCUAUGUUAACUUAAAUGUUACAGUGGUAUUAAUGUUAUUUUUUACUUUAUAUUCUGUUAAACUUUUAUUGUGUAAAAGGCGUACAAUUGUUAUGACGCCUACAUGUAUUUGUAUUAUAUUUACUCCUUUAUAAGUUGUAUAUAUUUAAUAAUUAAGGUAAUCCACUAAUCCAAUUUUGAGUUUUCAAUUUUGGCCUAACAAAUCUCAUAGAUGUACUGAUUUAGUUGCAAUUUCACUUUUUGAAAUUAUACAGUAGAAUCGAAAUACAUUCAUUUGAAAUAAAAAAAAAAUAGCGUUAUUUAUUUCUUUAUACAUAUUCCUAUUAUUUUACUAUAUAUUUAAGGGUAAAAAUCAAAAAAUCGUCAAUAUGAGACUAACA